AUGUAUAUACUGAAACUCAGUGCGGAAGAUAAUAACAGUGAAUCAAUACACAGGGUAAAAAAGCUUAACCUUGAAACGCUGAUAAACACUCGUCUUGAAUUUUGUGAAAAUUGGAGUAACCCAUUUGUACUUCAGGACAUGUCUGAUUCAAACAACACAGCGUUCAAAACAGCCAUUAGGAGAGCGUGCAGUAAUGUUCUUCCUAUGAAACAGCUAAAGGUGUUUGGUGUUGUUUGUUUGGAAAAGGACAAGGAAAAAGAACAGACGCUGAAAAUUGACAUCAACAUAAAUAACAACGAAGAGGUCGGCGCAGGUCAAUCUCAGCAGAGUGUCGAAAAAAAUCACAGAGUUAGUGCGGAUACUACUGAACUGUCGACAAAAAUUUGGAUGUUCGCUAAAAGGUUAAUCAGUUAUACAAAUCAGUUGAAAGUGUUUGGUAUUAUCUACAUAUCGCAUAGAACAACCGAGUAUUAUAUCACUCUUAAUCACAGUGUAGGUGAAAAGCCUGUCACAACUGGGAGCGUAAAACGCAGUAUCGGUCAAACAAUUAAAGAAAGCAAAAGCGUAACUGAAGACGUUAUCCCUCCAAAAGGCAAGAAGCUAACAAAGAAUGAAGACAAAGAAAUGCAAGAUAAGUCUCUUUGCACUGGAAGCGUAAAGCGCAAUGUCAGUCAAAAAACAGAAGCAGGCAAACAACAACCUGUAACUAAAGACGUUUACCCAACAUAUUGCAAGAAGCCAACACAGAAAGAGGACAAGGGAACACAAGAUAAACCUUUCCGCACUGAGAGCGAACAAACAGUGAACAAGCAAGAGAAAAACUGUAACAUGGGAAACAGAACAUUUAUCUCACCUAAGUUUAAAGAGCCAAACAAGAAAUUUCGACUUCAGACAGAGCAUGGUAUAAUAGAGGGGUCGGAAGAUACUAUGCAGUUUGUGCAUGUGCAUGACGAAUCCAAAACUGCUGAGACAGUAAGAAAUGAAUGUCGGGAUUAUAGCACUACAAUCACAACACCGAGUAGACCCGUAGCAGCAACAAAUGUAAACAUGAAAAGAAAACGUAAGAGCCAGGUUGAACAAGUUGGAGCAACAAUCGGUAAAAAAAUAAAGCAAGAAAGAUCUGGAGAAAUGAAUAAGGUUAAACUUACGUGUCGGAAGUGCAAAAAGAAGAUAUUGUACAGCAAGAAAUGUAUGAUAAAACAUAUUAAAGUAUGCGCCAAUGUAUUUGACCAGGAUGCCCUAGGAUAUAUCAUUAAAGGAUAAAUAACUGGGCCUGUUGCUUGACAAUUUCUGAAAAAAAAUCACACAUGCUGAAGAACCUACAUGCAUCUUCAGUGGUUUUCUAUUGAAUUACUAAUAUUUAAAGUUGCUCACAGUACGUAAACUACUCUUCGUUAUUCAUGGUAAAAGAGAUAAGUUUGCAACACAGCUGUCAAAAUGUGCCCAAAACGCCUUUUAGUGUCACCUGCCUUGCCUCUUUGGAUUAGCUUGAAACCUUCCUGUUUAAGAUCUUUAUAUACAUAAAGCUUUGACGUGUAAAUAACCAGACAUAUAUGUACUAUUUUAUCUUAACGUUUUAGUUAAGUUAUGAUAAAUCUAUCUUACUUUUUUGACUGUGACAGUUUCCCAAACCAGUUUCAAGAUGUUACAAUUAUCAAGUAUUUCUAGCUUAUGUUAAGCAGAGACUAAAUGAUAACUUUAUUCAAAACUUGAAUGAAAAACAACAAAAGCAUUGAUUUAUAAUAAUAGUGCUUGACUUAAACCUUAUGCAAUAUUAAAAAAUAGAAUGAUCAGAGGAAUGUAAUAUUUGUCAAGUCUUAGAAGUAGAAUAUCAUUUUGUUCUAGUCUGAAGUCUUUAUUCUGCUAAUAGACGUUAAUAUAUACCCCUAUUUUAAAGGCGUAGAUAAAAUAUGCAAAGGUGUAUUAAAUAAGUUACAUCUGAUAAAGAGGAUCUCAGUUCAUACGUUCACAAUACAGUUUUAGCUAGUAGACAAAUUAAUGUAUAAGUAUGAUAAGUCGAUUCAUUUUUAUCAUGUUACGUUUUUUUAUAUUGUAUUUUAGUGAAUUACGAAUACUUAUUGCUUAACAUACAUAUGUGAGAGACAUACUAGUUAACUUUUAUAUAGACUUCAUACUUUUGAGCUUUAAGAAUAUAGUUAAACUAAUCUGUUAGUUAUAAUUCCAUUUUUUAGUAUAUACGGUUGCUAAAGUAUAUUUAUAUGUAUUAAAAAUAUCUAUUCAUUUCAACAAUAA